AUGGGUAGACGUCCAGCUAGAUGUUACAGAUAUUGCAAGAACAAGCCGUUCAUCAAGUCUAGAUACUGUCGUGGUGUCCCAGACGCCAAGAUCAGAAUUUACGAUUUGGGUCGUAAGAAGGCAUCCCCAGAUGAGUUCCCAUUCUGCGCUCACUUGAUCUCGUUGGAGUACGAGCAGCUGUCCUCUGAGGCUUUGGAGGCCGGACGUAUCUCCUGCAACAAGUACAUCUCCAAGGUCGGAGGCAAGGACUCGUUCCACAUGCGUGUCCGCGUUCACCCAUGGCACGUGCUCCGUAUCAACAAGAUGUUGUCGUGUGCCGGUGCUGAUCGUCUCCAGACCGGAAUGAGAGGUGCCUACGGAAAGCCCGUCGGUACUGUCGCCCGUGUCAACAUUGGACAGGUCAUCUUCUCGAUCCGUUGCAAGGACAACAUGUCGGCCCACGUCAUUGAGGCCCUCCGUCGUUCGUCCUACAAGUUCCCAGGCCGUCAGAAGAUCGUCAUCUCCAAGAAGUGGGGUUUCACCACCUACGACCGUGAGGAGUACAAGCAGCUCAAGGCUGCUGGUCGUGUCAUCAACGACGGUGCCAAUGUAAAGUUGAUCACCAACCACGGUCACCUCAAGGACUAUGGAAAGUUGCUCAAGGCUGCCAUCUAA